AUGGGUGAUGCUCUUGCCGUCGAAGAUCAACGAUCAAUUCUCAGUGUCAGAUCGAUAGUACCAGAACCAGACUCAGUGACAAAGCUGGUCAAGCGAUGUCGAGCAUUGAUUCUCAAACUCUUACCCGUCGAAGUGGAACUUUCCCAAAUCUCAGAUGCUACAAGUAGUAUCAUCACGCCCGAAGUCAUCGAAGCAUUCGCAAAAGCAGGUGGUGAUUUCGGUGAAUCCGUUCCAUUCUGCCUGCUCAGAGCGAAAGCGACAUUCAUGAAAGAGGCAUAUGCGAAUCCAGCAGAUUACGAUGAGAAUCUCUGUCGAGCGACAGCAGCGGAAUGCCUAGCAAGGAGGAUCGUCCAUAACUUGCCUGUUGAUAGAUUGGAAUCAGUCAUGAGUACUAGAUAUAGGUACAAGGAAGGCGAUGGAGAUGAUUCUCCGCCUGUUAGUGCUUUGGAAACCGCUAUUGACCAACAUUGUACAAUCUUCCUCUCCUCAUCGGAAGCUCAACAUGUAGUCAACUCCUUAUGGAAGGGAGACUGGGUACAAAGGAAUAAUGAAAAUAUGGAUAUCGACUACGUCCCGUAUGAAAGGACCGAAUCGAAUAGUUUUUGGGAUCAUCUCAAUCCUGAGAGAUUGAGUGUACCGAGAUAUCAAAGUUUCUUCAGAAUCAUAAUUUGGUUCGUCUUCUUAUAUGUAUACUCUCAAAGUGUUCAAAGUCCACUCGAUACUCUCGAUCCAGCCAGGAACUGGGAUUGGGCAGAAGUAGUCUUAUAUGUCAUGGCUGUAUCUUUUUUACUCGAGGAGGUCGUCAAGAUGUUCAAAAUCAUUAGAAUUGCCAAUAAGCCUUUAGCAACGAUCGGCUUCUGGACCGUCGUCAAUUUCCUUACAGACGGCUUACUUCUCUCAGCGUUCGCAUUGAGAGUAGCGGGAUUGUCUUUAGAUAGCAGUAAAGACGAACAAGCUUCGUUGUUGCAUUUUAGAAGUUUCCAAGUGUUGGCUUGUGUAGCACCGUUGAUCUGGAUGAAGUUGUUAACCGUGUUCGAUGGCUAUAAGACUGUUGGGUCUUUACAAGUCGUCGUCACCCGAAUGCUUCGAGAAACAACAAUCUUCUUCAUCCUGCUCGGUAUCAUGGCCAUCGGAUUCGUCCAGUCUAUGUACGCUCUCGACGCAGCGGACGGCGAAACGGGAGGAGCAGCGAUCGUAGUAAACAAUCUGCUCCAAGCAUUACUGGGCUCACCCGAUUUCGACUCUCCCACUGAACGAUUUGGUUAUCCCUUCGGCCUGAUAAUCUUUUAUGGAUGGAACUUUGUAGCAACCAUCAUUCUCGUCAAUGUCCUCAUCGCCUUGUUCGGUUCGGCCUAUCAAGAUGUUACGGAUAAUGAGACGGAUGAGUAUCUGGUGUUCUUUGCCCAUAAAACUAUUGAUCUUAUUCGGGCACCUGAUUCCUAUGUCUAUAUCGCACCAUUCAAUCUCAUUGAGGCUGUAUUGAUCGCUCCUCUUGAAUGGAUUCUCCCUACUCAAUGGUACAUAAACUUAAAUCGAUACGUCAUGUCCACGCUGUUCUUCAUCCCCUUAACUAUAAUUGCAUUGUUCGAAUCUCAAGUAUCUCACUCGCGUUCUCAAAGGCUUCGAGCGUAUUUCUCCGGUCCACCACCUGAUGAUGAAGAUGAUCCGAAGAUUAACGAUCCGACAGUAGAAGAUGAUUCUCAAGGUGAGAUAAGUAAAGUAAAAUUUGAUGAAUUAGUUAAAAGUUUCCCAAAUACUGCUAUAACUGAAGGUGCAUUAGUACAAAGAGAAAUCAGUAGUUUGAAGAAACAGUUGGACAAUCUAGAAAAGUUGUUAGCGAAGAGUAAUGGAAACGGCAAUGGUACGCAGUCCAAGGCGCAAUAA